UCGUGAGAGAUUCAGUUUUACUUUCGUUUCUGUUCUGGUCAUUUUACAAGGUGUAAAGUUCACGGGUUAAGAAUUUUACUUUGAGGUUGUUGCCUAUGAAAAGGGAGAGAACAAUCCACAGCUCCUGACAAAAGCCUCAAGCUGUGAUCUGCAGCCGCAGUGGAAGGAUCAUGGCUGCAGACAGACGCACGCUCCAGGUCCUCCGGGUUCCCAGUGUCCUCCCUAAUGAUCGGAUGAUCGACAAGCUGCUGAUUCACUUCCUGCGGCCCCGGAAUGGGGGAGGGGAGGUCAUGGAGGUGAGAUACCCCACCGACACACCAGCAGAGGCGCUGGUCACCUUCGAGCAGGAGGAAGUUGCUGACAGGGUCCUGCGACGCUCUCAAGUUCUGGAGCUGCAGUCAGGGAAACACCCCCUGGAAGUCAGGAGAGUGGAGAGUGAGGAGAGAAUAGAGGUUGACAUGCCCGUGAGGACGAACCUAAGUCUGGAGAUGUUCCCAGACCAAGGCACGGUGAGAGAGCUUCUUGAGAAACACAGCUUCAGGGUGACUCAGCUGCAGGGAGGACACCCUGGGGAGCUGCAAAUCGAGGGCUCCUUCACAGAGCUCAGGAAGCUGAGGACUGAACUCUACGCACUGCUGCCUGCUGCUCCCAUAGAUAUCCGGGGCCCUCCAGCCAGCCGAUACCUUCACACUGCAGAUGGAGCGCAGGGGGCCAGACACUACAGGGUUAACGACUCAGGGACCGGGGCAAUAUCCAAAACUAAAUUCUCAAAUUCUCCGAGGGACAGGAAUGAUCCACACUCCAGGGGAGAGAGACGCACCAAAGCUCCGCUAGUCACCUUACCUUUGUCACCUCAAGCCAAUAAAACCCCCAGGAAAGCCCAGAGAGUUUCGUUCAACAUUGACAAGCAUGUGCUGAAGUACGCCAAAGCUUUCCAUAAGCAGGACAUGUCAGAGAUACUGGAUAGCCACUGUGUGGAAAUGAGCGAAGAGGAGAGUGAUGAGAUCAGUACUGUGAUCUUAACUUCAGUGAUCGGCCAUGACAGCCCUGCAAGUAUUUUAAAAGUAGCUAAGGAACUGCUGUCCAGUCUGUUAUUUGAACUAGGACGUACUCUACGGACACAGAAAAUUAAUCUCUCUUCCUAUGACAGUCAGCAACAAAGUCAGAUUCUGGAGCGGUCCAAUAUGCUUGCAAAUAUUUACAAAGUUCUCGUGAUCGGCCCUGACGGGGGGCGCAUACAGCUGGUGGGACCUUCGACGGAGAGCCACGAGCUGAAGCUGAGGCUGCUGGGGCAGGCAGUUAAUUCCUCAGUGGGGGAGCAGCUUGUCAGUAAUCGUCAAGGACGCCGGAUGGACAGAGGUGAUGUCAGGCGCAGCUCUUCCCUCCCCCGACAACCGAGCAGAACGGACCUCAGGAGCCCCAUGGAGGGCUCUCUCAGUGCCCAGCAGCAAUCCCCUCAAAAGUACCAGCUGGAGCCAGUUGGAUGUGGCAGGGCUGGAGGACACCUGGGUGUGACAAGGCUGGAGAAGGAGAAGGCAGGAAGCACACCCAGUCCCAACAAUAAAGAGAAGAGCCUCCAGAGAAAAAGAGCCUCCUCAGAAACCAGGGGCAAGUCAAAGGAACGCCAGCAAGCCAGGAUAGAGAGCAGUCGAGAAGCAAAAAGAGAGCCUCCGUCUGGGCAGGGAGGGCUGGGUGUCGAGAGUGACGUGAAAUUAGUAAACCAUAAACAAAAUAAAAAUAUGCCAGCUUUGUUGAAAAACAUGACCAUUUUUAAUGACAAACAUUUGAAAAUCUUUAUGAGAAAGAAAAAUUAAGAACAUAAGAAAAUUUACAAACGAGAGGAGCUUGUCCAGUUCCUAGUAGCUGGUUGAUCUCAAAACUUUUUCAUGUUGGUUAUUAAAGGAUCCAAGUGAUUCAGCAUGAUUAGGUUGCCCAUUCCAUAUCCUCACUGUGAAGAAGUGUCUCCUUCCUUCUAGUAAUAAUAAUAAUAAUAAUAAUAAUAAUAAUAAUAAUAAUAAUAAUAAUAAUAAUAAUUUCCAUACUCAUGAAGAAGACAUCUUACAGCAAUGGAAAUGGAAAAGGUCAACACACAAUCAGAAUAAUGUUUCCUGGUCCCACUUGUCUACAAACAGAAUGGAAAUGAACGGAGCAGUUUCUGCAGGAACUGGACAGCACUGAACUGCAAGACAGGGAGUACUCUGACUGUCAUUGUGGGGCAGCAAAGUCAGAAGAAGGUGUUGAUGGUACCUGUCCAUUUGGGGGAAUGCUGUAGUUUGCUAGAAAAAUACAUGGACAGAGGGCAGCCAGUAACAACAUUUAACCAGAAUGUCAUUUGCCCUAAUGAGUGAAGGGUUCCAGUAUGUCAUAAUGCAAUAUGUCGAAGGUAUAGCAUUGCUAGCAUUCCAUAUUCCUUUAUCUUAAUUUCCUGAUUGGGUUAAUGUCAGCCCUUUUCUUUGAGUGAUAGAAUUCUUAAUGUGUCAGGGGUGACUGGGUUCCAGCACAUAUUCUGAAGGUGUGCAGGCCCACAAUGUUUUAUUAAAGCAGACACUCUUAUAAGCCCUGUUCACACUUGUAUCGGAACAAAAUUGGUCAAAUUGGUUUUGGUUUAGAAUACACCGAUACGAUACCACUUUCUGUCCUAACUCAAUUUUCAACAGUAUAAGACUGAUACUGUUGCGAUAUACCUGUCCACAUGAAAGCUGGUUUAUAUCGAUACACUUACAUCAGAGAUAUUCUGUAUUACACCAAGAUUCUCUAUUGACAGUCAAUGGAGCGGUGUCGGAUUGAGCUGCUUUGAGCUUAUUUUAUCAAUGUUUAAAAAUAUAAAAAACUUGUGAAAUCUGUUUUACUAUUGCCCAGGGUGUCUUGACGAAAAACAUAACCUGUGAUAAUGCUGACAUACCGUAAUCUAUAUGAAAAAUGCACUUUUCUGAACGCAGCACCAAAGAUGGUGCAUGCGCAGAAAACAGAGAUGAGCGUUUCACAGUACCAGAGUGGACGGGUGCAAUUAUAAAACUUGGAUUUACUGGUAUUAGCCAUCAGUUUCUACUACUGUAACUUAUCUGUAAAUAUUAAAAAAACAAUACAUUUAUUAAACAAGUAUGGCAGGAGUAAAGGUGGAUUUGAGAAUAUCAUUGGUGCACCGAUCCACCUGUCCACACUUCACUGUACCGGUACAAAACGUGUUCUUGUCUGGGUUUCAUAUCAAUACAGUUAUAUUGGUACAAUGCCGGUAACACAGACGUUGCAAUAUUGUUCUGCAACGAUACCGGUAUAAAAAUGCAAGUGUGAACAGGGCUAUAGACCAGUGACAUAGGGCAGCAGUGUGGAGUAGCGGUAAGGGCUCUGGACUCUUGACCGGAGGGUCAUGGGUUCAAUCCCAGGUGGGGACACUGCUGCUGUACCCUUGAGCAAGGUACUUUACCUAAAUUGCUCCAGUAAAAACCCAACUGUAUAAAUGGGUAAUUGUAUGUAAAAAAAAAAAAAAAAAAGUGAUAUCUUGUAACAAUUGUAAGUCGCCCUGGAUAAGGGCGUUGCUAAGAAAUUAAUAAUAACAUUAGCCUUGACCAUUUUAUGUGGCUUUAAGAUACUAGCAUCACAUUUGGCAUAUAACUUCAUAGAAUAAGUUUUGAAAGACAUAUUGUUGAAUAUAUUUUUUUUUGUAUGUAAUGCUAUAGCGUGAAUAACCAGAUCUCAUUUUAGAAUCCAUCUUGCAUUUAUUGAAAUCAAAUGACAGAAUGACUUCAGUUCCCAUUGCUGAAUCACAUAUAAAGUUGGUUUAUAAAAACAGCACUCUAUCAGUGUUAUAUAGUUCCCCUCUGCGUGUUUAUGGUUCUCUUGAUCGUAUGGAUUAUACACAGGGCUUCUGUUUUUCGGGUUUUAUUAAUUGUAUUUUUCUGUGCUUAUUUUUAGCUAUUUUCGAGUUUUAUGUAAAUAGUUUUUUACGGGGCUUUCGUUUUUGAUAUACUGGAAAUUAGUGUUUUCAGUUACUUUCCAAAAUUCUUGAGCGUUUUUUAUUUUUUUGUGUGUGUGUGUGUGUGUGUCAAAAUAUGUAUAGUAACUCUACUUGCAACUUCUUUCCUUUGCUGUCUUCCACAACAGAAUCCCUAUGGUCACGGGCACAUUCUCCUGGGGGUUUUGUGUGUAGGCAUUUUUGUACAUUUUGCCACAAUUCUGUUUUAAAUCCUUCGUGUCUUAACUGUAAUACAGCUUUAAAUCCCGCUAACAAGCCUUCAUCCUGAUUGUAUUCUCGUUUUAAAUCUCGCAAACGGAGUCUUCAGUAGAAACGUAGGAAUGUGCUGUCACUCAGUAGUUGGGGCGGGUUUAAAGUAUUCAGAACUAAUCAAUGAUAGAUACAAAUCAGGAAGGCGGAACAUUGCCCAGCUGCACAGGGACAUGUAUUUAUUAUUAUUUUUGUAGUAGGUUUAUUUUUUUAAAUGUGAAAAGGGUAAAGUCAACGUGAAUAGAUUAACCAUUCCCACAGUUUUUACGGUGUUUGCUGGUGCUUAUUGACUAUCCCCCGAUUUAAUUUUUUUGUAUCAGGAGUGUUUUAUCGGUUUUUAUCAGUUAAAACCAAAAAUCAGAAGCCCUAGUUAUUCAAUAGAAAUCCACAGAACUCAUUCGACAAAGCUAGCAUUGCUUAACUGACUUCAGCAUUCACACUUGCGUACCAAUAACCUUGAAGUUGACCUCUGACCUAAUGCGGCUGACUCUUCUGAUUAUUUCACCCAUUGGGCCCUUUUCACAAAGCUUAAAGAUCACAGUCUGUUUUUGAUAAAUACAAUUUUCUAGAAUUGUGUCAAUAAAACCAAAAAAGCUUAGAAAAAAAGUAUUGUUUAGUUGCACAGUUUUGUAAAUUGAUCUCAUUUGCUUCUGUGUAAAGGCAGGAAUUAAUGUUUAAGAAUAAAGAUCCUUGUGUGUACUAUAUAUUAGAAUAUGUAAUCUCUGAUAAAAAAAAAAACAGCAGUACAAUGAAACAAUAACAUUCAUAAACUCAUAUGAACAACUAGCAAACUGUCCAGAUUGUGGUCUUCACUGCAUUUCUCCUUUGAUGUAUUUAAUACUUGUUAGUCUGGUAUUUAAAAAACUUUAACAUAGCACCUUAUAUCCAUACUGGGUUCUUUCUUUACAAACAUGUAAUGACUGAAGCUCAAUGAUGGAGCAUGACUGCUUCUUACAGAACAGCUUCUAUGUGAUCUAUGUCCCUGACCACAUUCCGGUGCCUCCUUAAGACUCACCUCUUCAAACAGCACCUGUAGAACUCCUCUGUUUGUAUCCUGGGACACUAUCACCCUUCAUUUAAAUGUGCUUUAUUUUGCUCUUAUCUGCCCCCUAUUUUACUACAUUUAAUCCUGUACUUCAGAAUACUGUAAUCUGCCAAGUGUUUAACCUGUAGUAUUUUGUAUUUAAUCAUAUCCUGAUGUAACUAUCACUAUUAUCUGCUGUAUUAUUGAAUUGUGGUUUGUCACACUUGUACUUUGCUUGAACAAAAGUUAUUGUAUUUCUUGCUCUUAUUGUAUUACUUGUAUUGUAACACUUAAUGUAUUUGCUUACGAUUGUAAGUCGCCCUGGAUAAGGGCGUCUGCUA